AGGAGCUCUGUGACUUGUGGGCAUGUGGAGAAUACCACCGAGAGCACCCUAGACUGGGGGCAGCGGUGGUCAGGAAACCUGGCAUCCAACCAGCCUCUGCUGCUUUUGCAGAGAAAGAGGAGUUUGGGUGCCCACCCAAGAGCCCCCAGACAUGCCCUGUCUGACUGCCCUACUGACUGUCUCCCCACCCCGGCGCUCUGAGCUCUUCAGCACUAAUGUACAGGACAUACGGGCCCACAGAACUGUCAGGAAAGACAGCCCAGCCUCUCUGAUGCCGGAGUCUGCUCCUUCCAUGGAGCUGAGCCAUUUCACGGAGCCUGGGCCUUAAAUCAAGGAGUGAGACUGAAAACUGAAAUAUGCAAAUUACCUUCUAGAAAGAAAGGGAGAUUUUGGAAUGAGGAAGGGGGUGGCCCUGGCCCCUGGGUCCAUCUCCUGCGUUGGCCCUCUGGAGAGCGAACUGACCAGACUCAGCCCUGAGCCAAAGCCCCUCCCCCCAGCUGCAGGUCUCGGCACAGCAGGCACCCCUCCCUCAGCCCCUCGCCCCACGCCUUCUGUUGGACUUCCCCACUGUCUCGCAGCCCAUCUGCUCCGGGCUUCUGCUGCCGAUUUUGCAACUUCAUCGUGGCUUGUUUCUCUUCAGGCACUCCAGAUGGUUGAUGCCUUUCUGCAGUAUCAGGGUGCCCCAUGAGAUGGAGAAGGAAUCAUGAGGCGACCCCCCAGACAGUUGGUUGGGUCAGCUCUCUCCAGCAUCACCUCCGUCUUCUGGCAAGAGUCUCCACCAUCUGGAGUAAGGGAACCUUGGUGGAGCCAGCCUCAGAAGGCAGGCACGCAUCCCGGCCUCCUGCCAUGUCUGACCCAUCACACUGAACGUCGGGGGGAAGCUCUACACAACCUCACUGGCAACCUUGACCAGCUUCCCCCGACUCCAUGCUGGGCGCCAUGUUCAGUGGGAAGAUGCCCACCAAGAGGGACAGCCAGGGUAACUGCUUCAUCGACCGCGACGGCAAAGUUUUCCGCUACAUCCUCAACUUCCUGCGCACCUCCCACUUGGACUUGCCGGAGGACUUCCAGGAGAUGGGCCUGCUCCGAAGGGAGGCUGACUUCUACCAGGUGCAGCCCCUCAUUGAGGCCCUGCAGGAGAAGGAGGUGGAGCUCUCCAAGGCCGAGAAGAACGCCAUGCUCAACAUCACCCUGAACCAGCGGGUGCAGACGGUCCACUUCACUGUACGAGAGGCCCCUCAGAUCUACAGCCUCUCCUCGUCCAGCAUGCAGGUCUUCAAUGCCAACAUCUUCAGUACCUCUUGCCUCUUCCUCAAGCUCCUGGGCUCCAAGCUCUUCUACUGCUCCAAUGGCAAUCUCUCCUCCAUCACCAGCCACUUGCAGGACCCCAACCACCUGACUCUGGACUGGGUAGCCAAUGUGGAGGGCCUCCCAGAGGAGGAGUACACCAAGCAGAACCUCAAGAGGCUCUGGGUGGUACCAGCCAACAAGCAGAUCAACAGCUUCCAGGUCUUUGUGGAAGAGGUGCUGAAAAUCGCUCUAAGUGACGGCUUCUGCAUCGAUUCUUCUCACCCACAUGCCGUGGAUUUUAUGAACAAUAAGAUUAUUCGAUUAAUACGGUACAGAUAAAAGGACCCCAGCAACACUGGAGGGGGGCUCCCAAGAAGCUCCAUGUCAGUCAAGAUCUUGGAGAGUGUCUCACCAGUGGUGGGAGCCAGGGCGCUACACUAACCUGUAUUAAUCGCGUAGCAGGACUUGAUUCCCCCCACAAUGCAGUCUCCCUAUAUAAAUCCAUGUGUCCUCUCCAUGGAGCCACCUUUUCUUUGCCACUUGGAGCUAGAGAUGGGCAGUUGGUCAUGACAAGCGAAGUGUCUGCCAGUGUGUCCAAAAGGCCACAGGAGGGCUUGCUGGCUACAGAGGAAUGGCAGGUUCUUCACAGGCACCAGCUCUCUCUGUACCAUUAGGCAGUGCCUCCCCAAGCCCUCUGUGAAAGGAGCCCCUGGUGAAGGGGAAGGGGUGAAAACAGAAGGCCCCCUUCAGGUCCCCAGGACGUUAAGUCACCCACGCCGCCUGCUCCUCUGUCCCAAGGAUGCACCCGGAACCUUGGACUUGUUUGCCCACGGACAGCCAUGUUGGGCCAGCUUGGAAGUGAGAUUUCAGAGCUGCAUUUUUGGCCUCCACUAUGGCGGGUAGAGAUUGGAGCUGUGGCACGGCCUAGCGGAGUGAGUGUCCAGGCCGGGUUCAGAGGAUGGGGCUGUCCCUCUUGACUGGGCCAAAUGUAGAUGUUUGGGGAUUUCUCACUUCAGAAAUGAGCUGCUGUCCCUGUGAAGAUUUUAAAGUAUCUGGAGCCAGGGCAAUGAAAGGCCUUUCGUAACAUAGACUGUUAUGUGACUUUUGUAAUCCUUUCCUCCAAAGAAUUUGAAGUAUCAUUGAAAUAGGUCAUUUUACACAAAUAAUAUUAGGGACUCUCAGGGUUGGAAAAUAAUCCAGUGGUCACUUUGUCCUCCCCGGCCCCCAGCAUGCCCCAGGCCAUUUGGGGCUGAGUGUUCUCCCCAGCACCUUCAAGUCAUCACAUAUCCCUGAUUGCAUAUUUCCAGUAACAGGAAGCUCAUCAUGCCCAGGGCAGUCCCUGCCAUGGUUGGCCAGCGCUGUUAAAAAGCCCUUCCUUACAUCAAACUGAAAUCUGUCCUUCCACUCCCAUUUUCCAGUCUUGGUUCUAAACCUUCCUUCUCUUCCAGAUGUAUACUUUCUCUUUCAAAACAGUCACUCUUAUUAAGAAGCCAGACGUGUCUCCUAUCAAUAUUAUUACUUGGCAUUAGGAUUCCCCCCUGGGAUUUGUCUUCAGAACCAAGGUCAGCCCCCCGCCAUCCCUUGUCAGGCAGUCCCAUUUCAUGAUGGUUUUGUUUGUGAUCCCCGUUCCACCCACCUGCUCAUCAGCCAUGGCUCCACAUAGCUUUUGACCACUUCCUGUUGGAGGAUGAAGAUUUGCCACCCCAAGAAAGUGUUGCCAGAGGAAGGAGACCAGGGGCUCGCUGGGCAGUGUGCAGCAAGGAGCCCAGAAGUGGGCUGAACCAUAGCCCUGCUCUAAGAGGAAGUGUCCAGCCCCUAUGACCCUGCUCUGAGAGAAGUGGCCUUCCCCUGUGGUACUGUUCCUCUCAUAACCAGCUCCGGGACCCCCUCGGGGGAAGGUCCUGGGCAAGACAAACCAAGCCACCACUCUGCAGGAGGUGAUGAACAGUGCAGGCCUCAAAACUGUCCAUUAUGAUUCAUCCCUGGAGUAUGGCCUUGGAAGUCCCACAGUCUUCCCCAUUGGGCAGGGGCCUCCAGACAAAACUAGGGGAGCCUAGUGACACAGUCCCUCCCAGGAGAUGGGCUGAGGAAGGGGCUUCCCAUAGUUACACCCUGGGAGUAGGGAGCUGGUAUGCUGGGCUGUGGGCAGGGCUGCCUCUGUUACAAAAUAAAGGCCUUUUCCCCCUACAGUGGGACUCUGGAGUCUCUGACAGCUGUCCCAGGCCACCAGGCCAAUGGUACUCAAAAAGGUCACUCAGGAGAACCCGGAUCAGAACAGACAGCAGAAGCUGUGAUCACAACAAAACAGUUUAAGGAAGAAAUCUCAUAAAUCACCGCUUGCCCUUUCUUCCUCCAUAAAACGCCUCUCUCUCUCCAUCUUUUCGGUGCUUCUUAAUUCAUUCAGCUCAACGUUAGAGAAAGUAAACGACCUGUGAAGCCACUAAUGUGCUGUGUGACUGUGCAAGUCACUCACCUCACUGAGCCACCUCCAUUUCUUUGUCUGUGAAAUGGGCAUAACAAUAAUACAUAACCCUACCUACCUCACAGGGCUGUUGUGAGGAUCAAACGAAAUAAUAUAUGUGAGACUACAGUAUACAUGAUAAAUGACGUUGCUCUUUUGUGUCUGCUUAUAAAGAAAAGGAAAAAAAAAAAAAAAGCAACCCUGGCCUUGGUAUCCAGCUGA